GCCAGUCGCGCCGGGAGACGCUUACCUGCCGCUUCCCCAGCCGCCGGGUGCACCUGGCUGCAAGCGACCUCGUUCGGACGGAGGACGGCGACAGCUCCGCGUAGUUGAAACGGGCGCGCGCAGUCCCGGACACGGCCUCUCGGCGGAACGUCGGGCGCUUCGGCGACUUCGUCCCCGACCUGCCCCCCUCCUCCAGCCCGUCUCCAGCCGGGAAAGGUGGGACGGCUCCGGCUCUAGUUACGGAAGCGGACGGUGCCGGGCGAGAAGGAUUCGAAAAUGCCCCGCGCGUUUCUGGUGAAGAAGCCGUGCGUCUCCACGUGCAAGAGGAACUGGAGCGAACUCCCCGACGAGGAGCGCGGCGAAAUCUACGUGCCAGUCAGCCUGGGCUUCUGCCCACCACAGCCGUACCAGGAGCCAGAGCCAUCGGUUGCCGAACCCCCUUCUUGCCCUCUGGCUUUGGACAUGAGCCUUCGGGACUCCAGCUACAGUGUGGCCCCCGGGCCCUGCGUGGUGGCCCAGCUGCCCUCUGAAGACGUGAGCCGCUUGGCAGACCCCCAGAGCAGAGACCAUGGCUUCCUGCGCACCAAGAUGAAGGUGACCCUGGGGGACAGUCCCAGUGGAGACCUCUUCACCUGCCACAUCUGCCAGAAGGCCUUCACCUACCAACGCAUGCUAAAUCGCCACAUGAAGUGUCACAAUGACGUCAAGAGGCACCUCUGCACCUACUGUGGGAAGGGCUUCAAUGACACUUUUGACCUGAAGAGGCACGUGCGCACCCACACUGGCGUGCGGCCCUACAAAUGCAGCCUGUGUGACAAGGCCUUCACGCAGCGCUGCUCCCUGGAGUCGCAUCUCAAGAAGAUCCACGGCGUGCAGCAGAAGUACGCGUACAAAGAGCGGCGGGCCAAGCUGUACGUGUGUGAGGAGUGUGGCUGCACGUCUGAGAGCCAGGAGGGCCACGUCCUGCACCUGAAGGAGCACCACCCUGACAGCCCGCUGCUACGCAAGACCUCCAAGAAGGUGGCCGUGGCCCUGCAGAACACCGUCACCUCUCUGCUGCAGGGCAACCACCACCUCUGAGCGGAGGUGCCCCAGCCUGGGCGGGCCCCCAAGAGGGCGAGGGUCACCCCCCCUGCUGUCUGGCCAGUCUACCCACUGUGGUCUUUUGCUGGAACACCUGUGAUCAGGACUCAAGCUCCCAGGCGAGCGUGCUUGCUCUGGCCCUGCACUGACUCUGCUUGGAUUUGCAUUUUUGUCUUUUGGGCAGAGGCCGUUCUGAGCCUGUGUAAGUAUGGGGUGGAGUGAGGCCAGGGCUGCUGGCCCUCCGUGGACAGCAGAGUCGGGAGCACUGGCAAAGAGCACCCCUGCAAACAACAGCAGUGGAGGAGCUGGGACGCCCGCCCAGCGCAUCUCACUUCUCUGCUCUUCCGCAGAGAGGUGCCCGCGUGUGCACAGCCAUAGGCGUGUGCGUGCACACACGGCAGGUCUGGUCACACAUCACCUCAUUUUUAAGAAAUCAACUACAAGGUGCCAAGGAGGUUUUAUUUCCUUUUUUUUUUUUUUAAGAUGACAAAUGUAUAGAUAUUAAUAUAUUUUUGGUGCCACUGGCAACUAUUUUUGAGAGAGGAUGGAGCUGGCUUUUCUCCUCCCCACGUGGUUCUAUUUAUCCUGGACAUUUCACACCUCCUCUGUGCCUGGGCUCUGGGCUGGCUGCCCUGACCCACCUCCAUCCUUCAUCCUCCUGAGAUAUUUAACGCAAGACUCUCCUCCAGCCCUGCCUGGAGGACGUACUGCACUCUCUGUUCUCCUCGUCUGCCGGGACAGCACAUCACAUCUGCUCUUCCCUCCCCGUGACUCUGCCUCCCUCCCACAUCCUUUCAAGGCAAGCCUGGGGGUAGCCGAGAGCCUCCUAGUCUCCUGAUAACAGACCUUCUGUGGAACAACUCACCAUUCUGGAGGUCAAGGGUUUGUCCAACUGCGGCUGUCAGGGUAAGUCAGGUGGGAUGAUGAGUCUUUGAUGAGCCCAGCCUCCACUGCCUGAAGUACCAAUAAGAGGCUGCAAAAACCCUAAGACAGCAGCAACAAAUUGGGACAGAAUAAUCACCAGACCCAUCAGAAACCCCUAUAGAGGGAAGACAGUAUUAGAUGGUUAACAAACUGUAUUUGUAGCCUUUGUUCAGAUGGCCGGGCUGGGUCUUGAGCACUUAAGGAAGGAGCCAUCCCUGUGCCAGUUGGCUCCAUUUGAGGGAUUCGGCCAGGCUCCCUUGGCUUGGCUGGGUUUCCUGCUAGUAACAGGAAAGGGGUGUGGGUCCAAAGCGAGAGAGGGGUAGGGGUUUGCGCCAGCCUGCUGAAGAAUGAGAAGGCAAAUUCGAACGAGAACACAGAUCACAGUUGGUGGAGCCAAACCCCAGGUAGAACCAGCCUCGGCCUCUUCUGCUGGGAAAGAGCAGUGUCUGCACAGCCCCGGGGUGCAGGGAACAAGUCUUCCCUGACUUUCCUCAAUGUGUACGGAUUGUUUUGGAAGACUCUCCUUUUAUUUUGCUUUAGAGUAUGUGGGAGCUGCUGUAUUCUGGAAGUUGUGUAGUAUUAAAGACAUUAUCUGGAAGCUCUGUCUGGUUUACAUUUCUGUAGCCCUGUGUUCAUUGCCUAUCUGAGGGAGUCACAAAGCUCUGUGUUGUCUGUUUUAUUUUAUAACUUUCCCCCUAACAAUAAAAGAACUAUCAUUUUCUGUG